AUGCAUAACCAAAACGGCGCCUACGCGGGAGUGCCGCACAUGGGGCAAGACAUAGACACUCAAGCUAUGCUGGCGAAUAAGGUACGAUGGGUGAGGUUUGAGCACGGCGGAGACGACCAUCGAUUGCACAUGCUUCUGUGCACCAAUGAGAACGUGCAUGUGUGGGACGUGCAGAAUACCGAGGAAGUCUGUGAGGUGGCGGUCAUCGCGUGCAAAAGGGCGGUUGUGUGUAAGAUGUUACAGAACUCUGCGAAGAGUGGCCGUUCAGUGGAUCAAGGUGCUGCGUGGGAUAUGGACAGACACCACGACCGCUUGUUGUUGGCGGUUGUGAGCAGCACGUACAAG